AUGACCCAUAAUUCAGCAGAAUAUGAGGCUUUAAUCUUGGGAUUUGAGGCUUCGAUAGCUAGGAAAGUUCAGUCGGUUAUUAUAAAAGGAGAUUCUCAGUUGGUGAUUAACCAAGUGAACAAACAGUAUGUUUGCAUUUAUCCCCACCUACGCAGAUACAGAGAUUUGGUUGGUCGGUUGCUAUCGAAGAUCUCCGAAGUGAUAAUUGAGUUCAUCCCUAGAAAGGAGAAUCAAUUUGCAGAUGAUUUAGCUCAAAAAGGUUGCAAGGGAAUCCUAAAAGAUAUAUGUGCAGAGGUCGGCCCGGAGACAGAAACAGGAACCGACUGGAGGACAGAACUUGUCAUGUAUUUACAAGAUCCAGGAGCAAAUGUACCGAUUGGAAUUUGA